AUGAGUUGUACAGUUAGGGGGAAGCCAAAGUCAGGCCGUACUUGGAAAACAGUUCGUACCGCAAAACAUAGUGCGAUUAAGAAGGACAAAGGUAUACGUACCUCAUUUCAGACUCGUAGAAAAAUUGAAGCAGAAAUAAAAAAAAUUCGUAAUGAAUCAAUUGAAAGAAAAAAAGCUAAAAAUGAAUUAAAAAAAGCUAAACGUUUAAAAGAAGAAGAGAAACGUCAACGGAAAUUAGAAAAUGAACGUCGUUCCGAAAUUGUUGUACCGAUAACAAAUCCUGCAAAAAUAAAACGUUUACGAAAAAAACAAAUGCGAACCAUUGUAACACGAUAA